AUGCCCGGUCCGCUUCACGCGCGUACUCAUCCCUCAUUUGUUUCUGGCCAGGAAGCCUCGACCGAAAAACAUGGCCCGAGGGUGCAGAUUUCCCACGAGGAUGAGGAUGCUCUCGCCGAUAUUCACCGCACACUAACGGAGGGAAGUCUUUCGGGCGUGCAUCUGAAUUAUCCAGAACCUCAUUCGUCAUUUGACAAAUUCCUAGAGGAACAGGUUCGCGGGGGCAAGAAACGCUCUAAUUUAGGUGUCUGCUUCCAAUCAGUCUCGACCUGGGGCGAGGGUGAUGGCCACACCAGAAUAAAGACCCUUGGCAUGGCUUUAUGGCGUACGUUCACCCUGCAGGAUAUCUAUGAGUGGACCAUUCAGCCUUGGCUUUCAUCAAAGAAGCCCCAGCAAGGACGCCCUAUCAUUCGAGACUUCUCGGGCGUAGUCGAGAGCGGAGAGAUGAUGCUCGUUUUAGGUUGUCCCGGAGCUGGAUGCUCGACCUUCCUGCGCACCGUUGCUGGCCACCACUCUUCCUUUCUGCGGGUGACGGGAUCAAUUGAGUAUUCCGGUCUGAGCCCAGAUGAAGUUCGAAAACACUACCGCAGUGUAGUAGCCUACGUUCCCGAAGACGAUGUGCAUUUCCCGACCCUUAAUGUGCGACAGACCCUUGAGUUUGCAUUGAGGAGCAAGACUCCCAAGCGCUUCCAAGACCGAAUUCCCAAGUAUCUCGAGAUCUACGGUCGAGUUUUCGGUAUGACCCACACAAUGAACACCCUCGUGGGCAACGAGUACAUUCGAGGUGUCUCGGGUGGUGAGCGCAAACGAAUCUCCAUCAUUGAAUCCCUCGCCACGGAUUCAUCCGUGACAUGCUGGGAUAAUUCGACUCGUGGGCUGGACGCCUCCUCUGCCCUGGACUAUGUGCGCAGCUUGCGCAUCAUGACAGACACUUGUGGUAAGGCCACCUUGCUCACUUUGUACCAAGCCUCUGAUGCAAUCUACGAACUGGUGGACAAGGGCCCAGCCGGCGAGGCCAAGCGGUAUUUUGAGGACCUCGGAUACGAAAGUGCCGAAAUGCAGACCAUUUCGGAUUUUCUGACCAGUAUCACGGUCCCGGAGAGACGACGCUUCCGCGCAGGCUGGGAAGACCGUGCUCCGAAGGGGGCAAUUGAGCUGGAGACUGCAUUCCGACAGAGUGCGGCAUUCAAGAACCUCGAAACAUCGGUUGAAAAGUACGAUGAUCAGCGAAAUAGCGACAAACCCAAUGGAGCUUGCACAUCCGACUCAGAGUCUAACAGUGUGGAUGACUUCAAGCGUACUAUGCAGAGCGAAAAAUCUCGCUUUGUCUCAUCCAAGUCUCCUUACACCAUAUCGCUCUUCCGUCAGAUCGUUCUUUGCGCCCAGCGACAAAUGUGGCAGCUCCGGGGCCACAUGGGCCCACUCUACAUCAAGUUGAUAUCUGCGGUAGUCUAUGGCCUCCUGAUUGGGUCCAUGUUUUAUGAUCAGCCCCAGACUACCGACGGCAUGUAUUCGCGUGGUGGUGUGCUCUUUUACUCUUCUAUCUUACUCGCCUGGCUACAGAUGUCCGAGCUUGAAGAAGCGAUGCAGGGCCGAGAUAUUAUUAGUCGACAGAAAAAGUUUGCCUUUGUGCGGCCUAGUGCCGUUUGUAUGGCUCGAGUCGCACAGGAUAUGGUGGUAACUGCAUUGCUGACCUUGCUAUAUCUUAUUGUCAUGUACUUCCUGUCGGGGCUGCGAUCCGAUGCUGGUCCAUUCUUUAUCGACUUCCUCUUCAUCUACAUGUGUACAAUUUGUUUGACAGCGCAGUUCCGAGUCCUUGCGGCCUUGUCUAAUAAUUUCGAAGUUGCUUUGCGAUACUGCGGAGUGUCUGUGCUUUUUUGCGUCGUGUUUGGUGGCUAUGUCUUGUCUCUUGACAAAAUGAUUCAGGACGUUCCUUGGGUUGGAUGGAUAGCCUACACAACACCCGCUUUGUACACCUAUGAAUCGGUCAUGGCCGCCGAGUUCCACAAUGUCAAUUUUACUUGUGCAACCGGAUCGAUCAUUCCAGCCGGAUCCAAUUACACCGAUGUCGCUUACCAGACCUGUGCAUACGCUGGCAGUCAGAUAGGCAGCACAGUGAUCAAUGGAGAUGACUAUUUAGCAGCACAAUUUGGAUUUUAUUAUAGCCAUGUGUGGCGCAAUUUUGGCAUUCUCUGCCUGUUUACAGUCGCUUUCAUCGGGCUCACGUGUUGGCUGAGUGAAGUGAUGGAAUGGGAAUUGACUGGUGCUGGCCCGAUUCAGUAUAAGAGUAAUUGUCACUUACUCAAGCGGAAGCAUGGAACCUGUAGCGACGAGGAGAACAGUCCUGUCCCUGUGGACCCCAGAUCUCCCCGUGCCGAGAGUUCUUUCGGUCCUUCCGGACAAUCUCUAUCUGGUACUGAUUCCACAUUCACCUGGUCGGACCUUGGGCUCGAUGUACAGGUUGGAAAAGAGACGCGAAAGUUAUUGGACAAUGUGUGUGGCUAUUGCAAGCCAGGAAGUCUUACGGCUCUUGUUGGAGCAUCGGGUGCAGGGAAGUCGACUUUGUUGACUGCGCUUACCCAAAGACAAAGUGCCGGUACCUUGACCGGCUCAAUGUAUGUGGACAGUGAACCGAUCAAUAAGUCUUUCAAUCGGCAGAUUGGAUACUGCCAGCAAAUGGACAUCCACGAUGAAAGCAGUACUAUUCGUGCGGCUUUUGAAUUCUCUGCUCUUCUCCGACAGCGCCAUGAAACUCCCAUAAAUGAGAAGCUGGCCUACGUGGAGACAGUCCUGCACACUUUGGAUCUGAUUGAAUUGCAAAACGCGAUGAUUGGGUCAUUGGAUAUUGAGAAGAGAAAGCGGGUUACGAUCGGAGUCGAGCUAUGUGCCCGCCCUCGGCUGCUUUUAUUCCUGGACGAACCGACCAGUGGACUUGAUAGUCAGGGUGCGACCAACAUUGUGGCCCUGCUUCGUCGUCUUGCGAACCAAGGAUUGGCCAUUCUUUGCACCAUACACCAGGCCAAUCAGCAACAAUUUGAAGAGUUCGAUCGCGUCCUUGCCUUGAGCCCUGGUGGAAGCACUUACUAUUUCGGACCGGUCGGCCAGUCUGGGAAAGCUAUCUUUGAUUAUUUCAAAAAGAACGGCCAUUGCCCCCAGAUGGUCACAAAUGCUGCAGACUUCCUCAUCGAAGUGGUUGUUGGGGGCACUAAAGUUGAUUCAGAGAGCCAGGUCAAUUGGGCCUCGAUCUGGCGAGACUCCGAAGAGGCUGAGCAUAUCAUUAAAGAGAUCUCCGCUAUUCGAGCUCACCAUGACAAAAGCCGAGGAAACUUGGCUACACCAUCUUUGCCCCCUCUUCACCAGCAGGUUAUGUUACUUACACAGCGAACUUGUCGUCAAUUCUGGCGUACGGCUGAGUACCCAUACUCGAGAGUUUACGCAUCAUUCCUCCACGCACUCGUCAACGGCCUUACUUAUCUCCAAAUCGGAAAUAGUAAGACCGAUCUUCAGUCGAAGGCUUUCUCCGCAUUCUUGGUCUUGAUGCUGGUUCCCGAAUUCAUCAACGCCAUUUCCAUGCGUUUCAUCUUGAAUCGUGAUAUCUGGCUGGCACGAGAAGGACCCAGUGGAGUGUACAGCUGGGUCGCGUUCAGCACUGCACAAAUCAUCACAGAGAUCCCUUAUGCUAUUGUCAGCGGGGUGAUUUUUUAUGUAAUGUACUAUUUCAUGGUCGGACUUCCUCUCGGAUUUGCAGCAGGAUACAGUUUCCUGAUGUUCUUUCUCUUCUUCCUAUUUGCUACUUCAUGGGGCCAGUGGAUUGCUGCUUUGAGUGCUGAUUCAAUGGUGGCGGCUACUCUCAUGCCCUUCUUCAUUAUCAUGUGCGAGCUCUUCAAUGGCAUCUUGCGUCCUCACGAGCAGAUGCCUGCGUUUUGGAAGUACACCAUGUACUAUAUCACGCCUUUCACAUACUGGAUUGGAGGUGUUUUGACCUCAGUCCUUCGCGGAACUCCAGUAGUUUGUAAUGAGAGCGAAUUGACCCUCUUCGAAAGCCCACCGCACAUGACUUGUGGUGAUUAUGCCAGUCCUUGGCUCACUUCCACGGGGGUCGGGUAUCUUUCGAACCCGGAAAGCAGCGGAAUUUGUGGAUAUUGCGAGUACAGCUAUGGUGAUGAUUAUCUUUCUGGAAUUGGGCUAGAUGACUCGGUCAUCUGGCCGUACUUUGGCAUUUUUCUUGCCUUUACUAUUGCUAACUACUUGAUGGUGUAUCUCCUAGUGUACUUACGAUCCGUCGCAAAAUGGCGGUCAAAGUGA